AUGGCGGGCUGCAACAAACCCAAGCUCUACCUCACGACCAUCGUCCUUACAGUGGUCUUCUUGACGGCGAACCAAGCGGUGGAAGCGCGUCCCAGGGGCCUCUGCACCAGAACAGCAUACCCAGAAUUGUGUCGACCGUUGGUCAAAGGCUCAAACCCCAGACGAGCCACACGCAGCAUCAUUUGUGCCCUCGAGACAAAGACAAAACGGGCGAUUGCAGACGCAGCAAAGCACACAAAUGGAAACAAACAAGUUACGAUUUGCCACGAGAAACUUAGAGACGCGUCCUUUAACCUUAGGAAGGCCAAGAACAGCCUCAAGAAACGACAUAAUAAGAUGCUGAGAAUCUUUUUGACCAUGGCUGUGUCAGAUUACGGCGUUUGCGUCAACGCGUUCGUAGACUCGCAUCAAGUUAACUCCGUUCAGAACGCUGCGGAUGAGCUGAGGAAGACAGGAACUAACGGCUUGUUUCUUUCUACUUUGAUUAAAUCGAUCCGCAAGAAAAAACGUGGUAACUAA